GCUCUUGCUUUCUGAGUGCAAGCAUACUUGAACCAAUCUUUGCUUUAUAAAUUGAUGCAACAUCACUACUACAAUAGUACCCUCCACAUACCCACAGCUAGCUUCUUGUCACCCCUCUAACCGUUCACUUUUUCAUCUUUCUCAUUCUUCUGAAAGCCUUGCAUUUCUCCUUUUGGGUACAAAAUGUUUAGACGUGUUGUGAUUUGGUGCAUUUUGAUUUCUACAUUAGUUGAAAUCUCAUUUGGUUCUAAAGUUAGACACUUACGAUGGGAAGUGGAGUACAUGUUUGGAUCACCAGAUUGCGUGGAGCUUGUUGUGAUGGGAAUCAAUGGACAGUUUCCAGGGCCAACCAUCAGAGCCAAAGCUGGAGAUACAAUUGCUGUUGAGCUCACUAAUAAACUCCAUACUGAAGGAGUUGUCAUUCACUGGCAUGGAAUUAGACAGCUUGGAACACCAUGGGCCGAUGGGACUGCUGCCAUCUCACAAUGUGCAAUAAACCCUGGAGAAACCUUCCUUUACAGGUUCAAAGUUGACAAGCCAGGAACUUAUCUUUACCAUGGACACCUUGGAAUGCAAAGAUCAGCAGGAUUAUAUGGAUCUCUGAUAGUGGAAGUGGGAAAUGGAGAAAAAGAGCCAUUCCAUUAUGAUGGUGAAUUCAACCUAUUAUUGAGUGAUUGGUGGCACCAAAGUGUUCAGGUCCAAGAAGUUGGCCUCUCCUCAAAGCCAUUUCGUUGGGUUGGUGAGCCACAGUCACUACUCAUUAACGGAAGAGGGCAAUACAACUGUUCAUUGGCCGCGCAUUUUAGCAACUCAUCCGCUCAACAAUGCAAGUUCAGAGGAAAUGAACAAUGCAGACCCGUGAUUCUGCCUGUGCUGCCAAAUAAAACCUACAGGCUACGGAUUGCUAGCUCCACAGCUCUUGCCUCACUAAAUUUAGCUAUUGGGAAUCACAAGAUGGUGGUGGUGGAAGCGGAUGGAAAUUAUGUGCAACCAUUUGAAGUAAAAGAUAUUGACAUUUAUUCAGGUGAUAGUUACUCAGUUUUAUUCACAACAAAUCAAGAUCCCUCAAAGAACUACUGGAUUUCAGUUGGUGUAAGGGGAAGAGAACCCAAAACCCCUCAAGCUCUCUCCAUAUUAAACUAUCAGCCAACUUCUGCUUCAAUGUUACCUUCCUCUCCACCUCCCAUUACUCCAAAAUGGAAUGAUUAUAACCACAGCAAGUCUUUCAGCAACAAAAUAUUUGCCCUAAUGGGUUCCCCUCAGCCUCCUAAAACUUACCAACGGAGAAUUAUUCUUCUCAACACUCAAAACACCAUCAAUGGAUUUACCAAAUGGGCUAUCAACAAUAUUUCCUUGACUUUGCCUACCACUCCCUACAUUGGUUCCAUUAAAUUCUCCCUCAAAACUGCAUUUGAUCAGAAAAGUCCACCGGAAAACUUUCCCGACGUUUACGACGUGAUGAAGCCGCCGGUUAACCCCAACUCGACGACAGGAAGUGGGGUUUACAUGCUUGAUCUUAACACCACAGUUGAUGUUAUACUUCAAAAUGCCAAUGCAUUAUCAGCAAAUGUCAGUGAAAUACAUCCUUGGCAUUUGCAUGGGCAUGAUUUUUGGGUAUUGGGGUAUGGAGAAGGAAAGUUCUCCAAUAAAGAUGAGAAGAAAUUUAACUUGAAGAACCCACCAUUGAGAAAUACUGCAAUUAUUUUUCCUUAUGGGUGGACAGCUUUGAGGUUUGUUGCUGAUAACCCUGGAGUUUGGGCAUUCCAUUGCCACAUUGAGCCUCAUUUGCACAUGGGCAUGGGAGUCGUAUUUGCUGAAGGCGUCCAACAUGUUCAUGGCAUUCCAAACGAGGCACUUGCUUGUGGUUUGACUGCCAGGACAUUCAUGAAUGAUAAAGGAAAUUGAGACAAAGCUUAUUAUUAUUAAUUAGAUCAUGAUUAUCAAUAAAAAUUUUAAGAAUAAUCCCUUAUGUAAUAAUUAAUUUAUGCAUGUUUGGUACCGCUUAUAAGUAUUGGAUUAUGGUUUGUGGUUUA